AUGACCUCCCUACGCGCAGCACUGGCCUACGCCAGCAACUUUUUGUCCCAGAUUCCCAUCCUCAGUAGCAGCAGCAGCAACUACGCGGGCGGCGUCGACGUCACCGCCUACGAGCCCCUCAGCGACGCACCUUCGUGUCCUAUCAACGGACCCCUCAGUUGCCACAACAGCACGCCAGUCGCGGGCGACCAGUCGUGCUGCUUUAUCUACCCCGGUGGAAGGAUACUUUUGACACAGUUUUGGGAUCGCGAGGUCCACGUCGGUGGCGCCGAGGAGGACUGGACCCUCCACGGGCUGUGGCCCGACCUCUGCGACGGCACCUACAACACCUAUUGUGGCAUGUCGCCCAGAUUCACCAACAUCACCUCCAUCCUCUCUUCCUACAACCAGACCGACCUCCUCGACUUCAUGGACCGGUACUGGGUCGCCGAUCGCGGCUCCAAUGCCAACCUGUGGAUACACGAGUACAACAAGCACGCCACCUGCAUCAACACCCUCGCCCCAUCCUGCUACCAGCCAGGCUACGCAGCCGGAAAGGAGGUCGUCGACUACUUCACACGUGCCACAGGCCUGUUCAAGAUGCUGGACACGUACACCGCCCUGGAGCUGAAGGGCAUCACCCCCCACGCCAGGCGCCACUACCCGCUCGAGGACGUGCGGGCCAUCCUCGAGCAGUUUAGCGGUGGGAAAGUGGUGCUGCGGUGCCGCGGGCGCGGGCGGGAUGAGCUCCAUGAGGCAUGGUAUGUCUACUUUGUGCAGGGUAGCCUGCAGACGGGCCAGUUCGUCCCGGCGCAGGACUAUGGGGCACAUGGGGAUGCGAAUAACUGCGUCCCGUGGGUCAAAUACCUGCCGAAGAAGCACAAGUGAAGGCAAGAGGGCAAGUGGGGAUGGUCGUGGCGUUCCAAAUGAUUUUCAGCUGGUGUUUGGCGUUCAGGGCUGUUGGCAGCAAGGUGGGAUUAUAUCUUUACGCUACAUCUUUAUGUGGUCGAUGGGAGGGAUUUUUGGAAAGAAAGAGCAUUUGCUUCGGACUACAAGCUUCCUACGCUCAUGUCAUAAUCCCUGGGGAUCGAUCCGACUUUACAAUAGCUUCCUCAAUACAGCGGAUGUCUACGUGGUCAACCUU